UGCUGGGUGAAUGAAUGGAGCGCGCCAGCAGUGUCUCCCACGCGCAGAACUCACCCAGGCGCAGUCGCCCUCGCUCUCCCAGCCCUGGGGGACAGUCCUUUUGUAGCUCCCAGGGAAGAGGGUAUCCAGAGAAGCCAGCCAGACGGACGCAGGCAGCCGGCGCAGUGACCGAUCAAGGUAAUUGGGAUAAAGACACUGGGAGUGGAGAGGGAGCGCCUGCCUGUUCAUUAGGUCUCCGUGCGCUGGGGCACACCAGGGUGGCCACUGCCACCAGCGCAGGUGGAGACCUGGAACGCAGAAGAAAAGAGAGAGCCUUUUUCUCGCUAUUACCUGCUGCAGCUCAAGUGCAGCCUCUGGCACUGGCGGGAUCCAAGCCUCCCCUGCCUUCCCGCAGAGCAUCCCAACCUCCAUUGCCAGCACCUAGCUCUAAGUGAGCCCUCAGACAGGGUAUCAGCUCCAGAAUUCCAUCAUCGGGGACCAUGACUGGGGAUUCUCUCAACCCAUGUGGGGUGUCCCCACAGCUGGUAGUGGCUCUCACCUGCCUGCUUCUCACUUGUCGCGCACUGAGAGAACAGCUACCCCUGAGUGGGAAUGCGUCCCACUGGGAGCUCUACCUGCCUCCCUGGGGAGCACCUGAUGGUGGUAGUCACCAGAACCCUGGCAUCCUAAUCGCCAACCCCGGCUUUCAAGUGCCCCAGGGCCGCUCCGUUUGGCUCGAUCCACUGCGAGACCUGGUGAUUCGAGUACAGCCAGGGGACCAGUGCCAGGUAACAGUGCUGGGCAUGCCUCGACUCCAAGGCACGCUCUCCCCGCGCCACUUUCCCUGUGACUUCGGGGCCCAACAGGUUAAAUACACUCACUUCGGCUUACCCAGCGCCACAAGAGCCCGGGUGCAGCUGCAGCUGAGCUACGCCGCCGCCGCUGCCGCCGCCGGGAAUUCCACGCUGGUGCUGCCCUUCACGCUAGAAGUGAAUGUCUUCUCCAGGCUCCAGCUGAUGAGAUGCAACAGGCCGUUGGUGGUGCUUAAACCGCGAUCCUACAGUCACGCCAUCGACAGGAGAGUGCUAGACUUUGCCUCCAGGAGCAGGUGCAGACUCACCUUACUUCCUCACCCUGGCGGACCACUCCCCAAGUAUGGGCGCUUGGUGGAUGCCACUGGGACCCCUCUCUCCAGGGGCCAUGUGGUCAACUGUGAGGCUUUUGUCCAGGCUGGGGUGCGCUACCAGCAUACUGCCACAACCUCCUCACCUAGCAGGGAUUAUGUGCCCAUGAGAGUGGAACUGCUAGGGCCAGAGUCCCAAGGUCCUGGGUCAGGGGAGGUGUUGGCCCAGGAGUACUUUCAGCUUCAAGUCAGAAUCCGGAAGGGAGCCAGGAGCACAGCACCCAGGCCCAGUUUCGAAGCUUUAAUGAUGUUAGAAGUUGAUCAGUCCCUACUAACAGCACUCACGCCUGAUGCGCUGGCUGCGAAAGACAGCGAGUCGGAUGCUGACAACCUAGUCUUCAAUAUUCUCAAUGGCCCUGAGGACCCACUUGGACACCGUGGUCCGCAGGGCUAUGUGGUGAGCACAGAUGACCCCCUGGGUCUUCCAGUUUCCUUCUUCACCCAGAAGGAGCUGCGGGAGCUGAAAAUUGCCUAUCGACCCCCCACAGGGAGCUCAGAAGGGGACCGCAUCUUUCAGCUGGCACUGCAGGUGGUAGAUGAAGAUGGUGACACAUCUGACCCUUUUGCCUUCACGGUGGUGGUGAAGUCUAUUAAUGCCCUGGCUCCAACGGCUAGCUACAGUGGAGGACUUGUCGUUUUUGAAGGCCAGGCAAGGCCCUUGUCUGAUGUCCAAAGCUUUCAGAUCAAUGAUAAAGAUAAUUCGGAAGAAAUCAGAAUUGCUGCGGUCAGAGGUUUGCGCCAUGGGCAGCUGGUGGUGCAUGGGGCACCUGCCGGGUGUAAGCAUUUCACACUAGCAGACCUCAGUGCAGGGCGGGUGGUGUACAAGCACGACGGCAGUGACACCUACAGUGACAGCAUUGUCUUCAGGAUGGAGGAUGGGCAGCAUCAGGUGGAGUUCCUCUUCCCAAUCACCGUAGUGCCCGUGGAUGAUGAGGCACCCGUGCUCACUGCCAACACAGGGCUCUCGGUGACUGAAGGGCACGUGGUCCCAAUAUCCCCCUUUGUCUUGUGUGCCACGGAUAUUGAUUCCGAGGACUCAACUAUCCUCUUUGUGUUGGAAAACCAACACAUGGAGGGGAACGAGGAAGAGAGGAGUGAGGAUCUGGCCCCUGAUUCCUACAACUCAAGCCAACGCCCAGGCACUAUGGUGCUGAGGCAGGCUGAACCCCCUCUGUCCUUCCUGCAGGGUGACUGGCACUAUGUGGAAAAGGAGGGACUUUAUGAGAAGGCAGUGACUGAGUGGCUGCAGAAAGACAUAACGGAAGGGAGACUUUUCUUCUCACAUCCUGGGACACGCAUCCCUCAAUCUACAGUGGCCCGUCUGGCUUUCCAUGUGCAAGAUGACAAUGACCCACCAAAUGUCUCCAACCAGCACUUCCUCACCAUCAGCCUGCAGCCUGCAGAUAAGCUGAGUCCUCAGCUGUAUCCGGGAACCACCCUAGAAAUGACAGUGCAAGGAUACCAGCUCACUCGCUUCCAAAAGAAAUUCCUCCAGUACACUGACCAGAACUCAGAUGACCAGAACCUAUGGUACACCCUACUGACACCACCAACAGAUACUGACAGCAACCACCCAGUCCAGACUGGAGAAAUUGUGCUCACCGAUUCACCAAACAGACCCGUUACUCAUUUCACCCAGGCCCAGAUCAAUCAUCAAAACAUCGCUUAUCAACCGCCACAGAGGAAUCUGGGCAUCGUACCUCGGGUUGUACAGUUCACAUACAAGGUGGAAGACACUGCAGGCAACAGUGUGCCAGGCACAUUCACAGUAUUCCUGCAGCCUUUGAGCAACCAACCACCCAAAGUCAUCAGCAGAGGCUUUGCUGUCUUAGAAGGAGACAGCUUCAUUCUCAGCAGCGGUGAGCUUGAUGUCACGGACCCUGACACUGAUGCUGAUCAACUUUACUUCGUUUUAGUUUGGGGUCCCCAGCAUGGACACUUGCUGUACUUUAAAAAAUAUAUAGUCCCAGGGGAAUCUUUCCUGUUGGCUGAUAUUAUUAAUGGGAGCAUCUCUUAUCAGCAUAGCAGAGACCAGACUACCAGUGAUAUCUUCUGCCUGGAGGCAAGCGAUGGGGUACACCAUAUACCCAUCACUGUCCAGGUUUCUGUGCGGCCCACUGGGACUGGUGAAAGCCGCAGGGUCCCUGUCACAGGUAUUCCAGUCUUGGCUAUUUCUAUCAAUGUACUUGAAAAUGCAGCUACAGGGAUCACCACGGGUGAUCGUGGCAGAAGGGACACAAGGGACGUAAUGCUAUCUUUCAUUGUGGAGGACAGCCCUAAAUUGGGUGUUAUCCUGGUAAAUGGUUUGCCUGCAGAACAAUUCACUCAGGAGGACCUCAUUGGUGGGGCAGUAACCUAUGUCCACACUGGAGGGGAAGUUGGCUUAAAAAAAGCACGUGAUGCUUUCAGCCUCAUCCUUUCCAAAGAUUCUUAUCCUUGGACCAUGAGGGACAACAUACUGGAGAGGGUGCUAGUGAGGGUGACAGUGCUGCCAGUGGACAACACGGCCCCCAAGGUCUUGGUGGGAGAGCCCUUUGUUGCAUAUGAAGGUGGGAAGAGUCUCUUGACCCCACAACAUCUCAUCAUUGAAGACGUGGACACUCCCCACGAUGAAAUCCUUUGCACGCUGACUGGGCAGCCAUCCUCUGGUUACCUGGAAAACGUAGCAGCAGCUCCUGCUUCAGAAGUGUCACGGGCUGGCAGCCCCAUCAGUGCCUUCUUCAUCAAGGAUGUCCGAGUCGGGGUCAUCAAUUACGUGCAGAGCAUCCACAAGGGAGUGGAACCCAGAAGAGAUCACUUCACCUUUUAUUGCUCUGAUGGCAUCAGCUUCUCCCCAGAUGUCCUCCUCCCUCUAACCAUCCUGCCCAUCAAUGAUGAGCGGCCCAAACUCUUCACCCGUGAGUUUGUGGUAUUAGAGGGGAUGAGCAGGGUCAUAGACGCCCCACUGGUCAGUGCGGUAGAUGCUGACCUCCCACCAGACAAGCUCCACUUUCGACUCACCGUCCUCCCCAAGCAUGGACAAAUCAUACAGCAGCUGGCCACAGGCAGCCAGCCCGUCCACAGCUUCACCUUGCAGGAGAUCCAAGAGGCCUCCUCCAUUGCUUAUGAACACGAUGACUCAGAGAGCACAGAGGACAGCUUUGAGGUCUGGCUGAGCGACGGGAGGCAUGGCACUCACAAAAAGGUGCCCGUUGUUGUCAUCUUAGUGGACGACGAGGCUCCUCAGCUGACCAUCAACGACGGGCUACAGGUGGAACCCGGACACUCUGAGAUCAUCACAAACCACGUGCUCAAAGCCAUAGAUCUUGACUCGGAUGACAGGAGUCUCAGUUUUGUUCUCCAUGCUGAGCCUCGAUGGGGGCUUCUGCAACGCCUGCGGAAGCCAGGAGGAGAAGUGAGGAGCAACCUCACAACGGGAAUGAAUUUCACUCAGGACGACAUCGACAGAGGCCUUAUCUGUUACACCCACACAGGCCAGGAGGAGGCUGUUGAUCUUCUCAAAUUUGAUGUGACUGAUGGGGUUAACCCUUUGAGGGACUGCUAUUUCUACAUCACCAUUGGCGACUCAAACAGCGUCCCCCCUGAGGUAGUCAGCAAAAGAGUCACCUUGACAGAAGGCAGCAGAGUGCCCCUCACCAUUGAACUGCUUAACACCAGCGACAUCCACAGCCCUGAUAAGCAACUUUAUUACGGCAUCACACGGGCUUCUGGCAUGGGUCACUUGGAGAGCUCUGACCAGCCUGGGGAGCCCAUGGCUUCUUUUACUCAGCUUCAACUGGCUGGCAACAAGAUAUCCUACGUCCAUUGGUCAAAGGAUGAGAUGACAAUGGAGCACUUUGAGCUCAGAGUAACUGGUGGACACAGCUCCGUGCUCAGAAUCUUCAAGAUAUUCAUUACACGUGGGGACAAUAAGAAACCUACCUUGACCAUCCAAACACUUGCGCUGCAAAGAGGGGACAGCAUAGCAGUCACUCCUUUUCAGUUGUCGGUAGAAGAUGAGGAUACGCCAGAUAAUUUUAUCCUUUUUACGGUCACCCAGGUCCCCAGCCAUGGCAGGAUUCUGUAUAAUGGUAGCCGUCCUGAGACAACUUUCACCAAGAAGGACCUGACUGAAAGCUUGAUUCUCUAUUGCCACGAUGGCAGUGAGACAACUGAAGACAGUUUCUCCAUCAUUGUGACUGAUGGCGUUCACACUGGCUUCUACGUCUUCCCAGACACUACCGUGGAGACACAGGUGCCUCAGAUAGUGUCCAUCCAGAUAAGCCCCAUUGGCAACAGGCUCCCACAGAUUACCGUUAACAGGGGAGCCACAGCCUUGAAGCUCCUUCACACUGGACAUUUGGGUUUCCUCAUUACCAACAAGUAUCUACAAGCAGCCCAUCAGGAUGGUCCCCACAGGCUCCUCACAUAUAAAGUGACCAGCGGACCCAAGCAUGGCUACAUUGUCAAUACUAGGCUUGGAGGCGAGAGCACCCAGGUGUUCACACAAGCUGACAUUGAUGAGAUGCGGGUCUACUACAUCCUGCGCAAGGCCAGCAGUGCCACAGAGGACACCUUCUACUUCUCUGUUGAAGCCAGGGGAGGAAACAGGCUAACAAAUCAACCUUUCCAUCUAAACUGGGCUUGGAUUUCUUUGGAAAAAGAAUACUACAUUGUGGAGGAAGACUCCCCAUUCUUUGAAGUGACCCUCACACGCAGGGGAUACCUUGGAAGCACAUCCUUCAUUAGCAUUGGAACCAAAGAGGAAACUGCAGAAGAAAACAAGGAUUUUAAAGGAAAGACUCCUGAACGGAUCCAGUUCAAUCCCGGCCAGUCUACAGCCAGGUGGAAGGUGGGACUUCUACCCGACAAGAAGUAUGAGGCCUCAGAAACUUUCCAAAUCAUCCUAUUGGAUCCUGACCUGGCUGCACUGGAGUUUCCAGAGACGGCAACCGUUGAAAUUGUGGAUCCUGAAGACGAAUCAACAGUGUACAUUCCUGAGGCGGAAUACAAACUCGCAGAAGCCGUUGGGGAGUUUCUGAUUCCUGUAAGGCGGACUGGAGACACCAGCCAGGAGCUCACGGUCAUCUGUUCCACGCAUCCAGGUUCUGCCACUGACACAAUUCCUCCCACCGAGUUAUCUUUGUCAGAUUACGUCUCAAGACCAGAGGAUAACACCAGCACGCUCCACUUUAGAAAAGAUGAGACGGAGAAGACGUGCCAGGUCCUGAUCAUCAAUGACUCUCUUUUUGAAGAGGAGGAGUCCUUCAUCGUUGCACUGAGCCUGCCAGUGGGAGGGCAGCUGGGAGACAAGUUCCCCAGCACCAGGGUAACAAUCCUUUCUGACAGAGAUGACGAGCCUGCCCUGCACUUUGGAGACUCUGAAUACCAUGUUGAAGAAAGUGCUGGCUACGUGGAGGUGGUCAUCUGGAGAAGAGGUACUGACCUUUCUCUAGCAUCUUCUGUCAUCGUGUGCUCUCGGAGGACAGAGCAACAGCCAGCAGAAGCUGGAAUAGACUACAUUGGCGUCAGGCAAAAAAUGCAGUUUAGCCCUGGAGUGAGUGUGCAGAGACUCCAAGUGACAAUCCUUGACGACCUACAACAGCCUGCCUUUGAGGGUCCAGAGAUGUUUGAAUUACUUCUCCAGAUGCCUACAGGUGCAGUGCUUGGAAAGCCAAAUACAACCACCAUUAUCAUCAAUGACAGCAUCAGCGUGAGGCAGAGUGCUCGUAGUUCCUUGGACUAAAGAAAAACUUGAAAAGGAGAACAGAAGCCCAGAUGACUCCUAACACAAAAUGUGUCAUUGCAGAGUUUAGCAACUCUGCGAUAAUAUAUUGUACUGUCAUUGUGUUGUGUGCAAAUAGUUUAUGUGACUGCAUGAAGAU